GUGAGGCUUACUGCAACGACCCUUCCGACCGAACCUACAUUCAGUUCAAGUCGAGUUGACCGACACCGACAACUGGACAAUACUUGGCGCAGGGAUGUCGUCUGGCAUCAGCAAGAUCGCGGCAGAGAGGAAUCGUCGCGUUCUCAUGGAGCUUGUCUCGAAACCUGGGAACGAUGUCUGCGCAGACUGUAAAGCUCGUGCCCCUAGAUGGGCUUCGUUUAACAUUGGUAUAUUCAUUUGCGUGAAUUGUGCAAGCAUCCAUCGCAAGAUUGGGACCCAUAUCACGAAAGUGAAGAGCUUGACGCUCGACGAGUGGUCGAAGGAACAAGUCGAGUUUAUGAAGCAAAACGGGAACAUCAAGUCCAAUCAACUAUACUGUCCUGACGAAGUUCGACAUCCUCCCCCUGCGAACCUGAUAGGAACAGAGAGAGACAGCGAGCUAGAAAAGUUCAUCCGUGCCAAGUAUGAAUUCAAACGAUUUAUGUCCCGGAAGUCACCAAUGGCUGCACCGCGAAACGCAGUCAUACCACCGCCCAGAGCGGCGUCUGCGUCUACACAACACACACGAGCCAGACCUAUGUCAUUAUCCGGGGAGGCGCCUGUCGUGCGCAAAGGGUCGCCAGUACCACCACCUCCGCCUGAAAAGACCCCUGAGAACAUGCCUAGUAGAAUAUUCUCAUUCGCUGCUGGCUCGUCCGCUUCUCCAUCUCUGUCAUCAGCAACUAUACCAACGCGGUCGCCAACAUUCCCUCAGCACACUGCCCCGCCAACACGUGCUGUCUCGCAACCCCUUCCUUCGUCAGCAAAUGCACUGCUUGGCACUAAACCCACAGUUCCAAACAAGGGCGAGGUGUGGGACGAGCUCAUCUCGUUGCAAGAUUCUGCGCAGAACUCUUCACUUCCCCUGCAGUACCAGUCGUUGUCGCACAGUCCAUCAGCGCCUUUGUCAUCUUUACCAACUGCAGCAUCUUCGAUGAUAAUGUCGCCGACUGGGGUGCCGCAGUCUCGAACAUUCCCAACGCUGGACAUGCCUCCAAACCCUUUCGUGAACAUGAAUGUAACGGGUGUGGGUGUGACCGCUGGGAACCCCUUUAAUACAACCGCUAUGGCAGCAGCAGCACCUCUUGGCACCCCCAGCAUCAAUUUCCCCACGAUGAAUACAAACACAAACCCAUUCACAGGAGCAAGUUUAUUCACGCCAACUUCGCUUCCCGCUUCACCGAUAUUCCCUCUCACUAAUGGUGCAGCAUGCACUCCAAGCCCGAACCCCUUUCCCCUAGGUUAUGGAAGUGUCGGUGGCGUGGGCACAGGCCCUAUCGGCACUGGCAUGACAAAUCCUCAGCAGUCUUUUGGAACUUCCUUGUUCAUGGGACCCCUUACGCCUUCACUCGUGCCGAACCCGACCGGCCUGCUUGCUCCCCAACCCCAGGCACCGACGCCGUCCACGGUACCAUUUUCAGGAGGUUCAAUAUCAGCUCCGCACACUCCAUCCCCGUAUUCAACGCCCUUCGCUACGAGUGGAGCAUUGCCGCAACAGCAUCAACCGUUUGGGACGUCGUCCACGCCGUUCUUGCAGUCGCAAAUGCAAUUCCAGUCGCCUAUGCAUCCCCAGGCUCAGCAACAGGUAUUUGGCCACGGCGGUUUAUUCGGUGGAUGGCAGGGAUAGGUGACAUGGUCCUCUCCAUGGCUCUAUACAUACUAGGAUAGUGGAUUAGAUUUGUGCAUAUGAAGUACUGAGAUUUUUCUUACAUUUGUACUGGAGGUUGAAACACAUCUAACUAGUGUUUGAAUAUUGACGGAUCUGCUUUUAAAAAAUUCUCUUGACUACUCAUGUCCAUUAGUACUCGCGGAAUCAACGCUACCACUUGUCCAUUCAUUAGCUUGCGAUAGAUUACGAUGGU